CAGUUGGUGUCUGGUCCGGUUAGUCAAACCCAAAAGGCGCCCGCCGCCUGGAAUUGAAACAAACCAAAAGCGGUAUUCUAUUUAAACAAAGUUUGUCCCUGUUUCCUUUCCUUUCCCAUACUACUACUAUUAUAAAUAGAGUUCACUCACAAGCACUUCAUUCCACACUUACAUACAUACCUAAGCAAAGAAACAAAACAACUCACUCGUUUGUUAAGUUAAUCAAUCAUGUCGAACACAGUUGGUCAGAUCAUCAAGUGCAGAGCUGCGGUUGCAUGGGAGGCUGGGAAGCCGUUGGUGAUUGAAGAAGUAGAGGUGGCGCCACCGCAGGCAGGUGAAGUUCGUCUCAAGAUACUCUUCACCUCCCUUUGCCACACUGAUGUUUACUUCUGGGAAGCUAAGGGUCAGACUCCAUUGUUUCCUCGUAUAUUUGGUCAUGAAGCUGGAGGGAUUGUGGAGAGUGUAGGUGAGGGUGUGACACAUCUUAAACCAGGGGAUCAUGCUCUGCCGGUAUUCACGGGGGAAUGUGGGGAAUGUCCACAUUGUAAGUCAGAGGAAAGCAACAUGUGUGAUCUUCUUAGGAUCAACACAGAUAGAGGUGUAAUGCUCAAUGACAACAAGUCCAGAUUCUCUAUUAAGGGACAACCUGUACACCAUUUCGUCGGCACCUCCACGUUCAGCGAAUACACUGUGGUUCAUGCUGGUUGUGUUGCAAAGAUCAAUCCUGAUGCACCGCUUGACAAAGUUUGUAUUCUCAGCUGUGGAAUAUGCACUGGUCUUGGUGCUACCAUCAAUGUUGCAAAACCAAAACCUGGCUCUUCUGUUGCUAUCUUUGGACUUGGAGCUGUUGGUCUUGCUGCUGCUGAAGGGGCAAGAAUUUCUGGUGCAUCAAGAAUCAUUGGAGUUGAUUUAGUUUCCAGCCGAUUUGAAUUAGGUACAACGCUUUUAACUUCUCUGAAAUCCUUGAUGAUUCGGAUCAACAUAAAUUCAAUGAAUGUUCUUUUGUUGACGGCAAUUCCUAUUCUUUUCAUGUUGGCAGCUAAGAAGUUUGGGGUAAAUGAGUUCGUAAACCCAAAAGAGCACGACAAACCUGUGCAACAGGUAAUUGCUGAAAUGACGAAUGGAGGUGUAGAUCGAGCUGUUGAAUGUACCGGUAGCAUCCAGGCCAUGAUCUCAGCAUUCGAAUGUGUUCAUGAUGGUUGGGGUGUUGCUGUACUUGUUGGAGUGCCAAGCAAAGAUGAUGCCUUCAAAACUCAUCCUAUGAAUUUCUUGAAUGAGAGGACGCUUAAGGGUACCUUCUAUGGCAACUACAAGCCCCGCACUGAUCUUCCCAAUGUUGUUGAGAAGUACAUGAAGGGGGAGCUGGAGCUGGAGAAAUUCAUAACUCACACAGUACCAUUCUCAGAGAUUAACAAAGCUUUUGAUUACAUGUUGAAAGGGGAGUCCAUCAGAUGUAUCAUCAAAAUGGAGGAGUUGAAUUCCAGAGUCUAAAGUGUAAGGAAGUGCAAGAAGCAGCAAAAGAGAAUAAAAACAAGCUAUGUGUUAUGAAUAAGGGCAAAACAGUCAUUACAGUAACCAAUUCUUAUGAUGAGAAUGGACACUUGGCACAUGAUCCUAACAUUCAGGAGCAAGGACGUGGAAUGAGAGCCAAAUUCCCUAACAGAAAGUACGUGGGUGACUUUGUUAAAUAGAGGAGGAAUCACCAAUGAUUGGGGGGGAAUUAAUUGGUGGAAACCUGACUCCCUUCUUUCCCUGAAGCCUUGGCUUUUCUAGAUCCUUCUUUUAAUUCCAUGUAUUCACUACUUCAUUUGGCUUAGCAAUUUUCAUUGUUAAUUUGAUAUUGUAAUUGUACUGUUACACUAUUGAAGUGCAAUUCCUAAUUUCUUCUGA